AUGUCCGGAGCGGAGAGUAACCCGAGGAAGCGGAAAGCCGAGGCCCGCGAGCGGCACGACGGCGGCGACAAACGAGCUAAGAGUAAAAGAAACUGGGAUAUGCCCCGCAGGGACGGCAGUCAGUCUCGUACUAUCAAACCCGGUGAUGCGGGCAUAUGGGCAACAUGCGCUAUGAAGAAGGAAGCAAAAUCUGUCUCUGAUCUGCGGGAUCUAUUCCAAGAGUACGCUACUACCCUGCACGGCGCCGCCGGUUCCAAUGGGACGGCUGCAGAAGACAGCUCUGACUCGGAAGGAGGUGAUAUCGAAGCUGAGAUCCAGAAAGAGCUCGCCGAUAUUCGUAAGCCGACUACGAAACCCUUGUUCACAUCUCUCAAACUCGACACCCAGUGCUUGAUAUUUUUUAGGACACGCUCACCUCUCGAACCUGUCUCCUUCGUACAUAAGAUCUGUCAAGAUAUUGCUGAUGGCGCUCAGCCGAAGAACUUACGCUAUGUCAAGCGACUAACACCAAUUACUGCGACCGACAAAGCCACGCCACAGGGUCUUGAGGCUGUUGCGAAACAAGUCCUUGCGCCUCACUUCCAUGGAUCAGAUCAAGCGGGGAAAAAAUUUGCGAUACGCCCAUCGAUCCGCAACAAUAAGGAGUUUUUGAGAGAUGGCGUCAUCAAUACAAUCGCAGCUGCAGUUGGUCCUGGGCACAAGGUCGACCUGAAGAACUACGAUCUUCUCAUUCUCGUGGAAAUUUACAAGAAUGUCUUAGGUAUGAGUGUGGUCGGUCCUGACUUCGAGCAGCUCAAACGUUUCAACAUCGAGGAGCUUCGUCAGCCGUUGCCCUCCGUCAAACCUCAGGUCGAUGGUCAGUCAGGGAACAUCGAGAAUGGACGUGUCUGA